UUGUCUGUUGGUGACUGAAGUUAUGGGAGUGUUUUGGGCCUUGCUUGUGUCUGUGCUGACGGUCUGGCUUACCAAAGGCUCUGGUUUGCCGGUUGGUGGCACAAAUGAAAUGAGUGGUAAUGGGCCGCAGAGGAAACUGAGAGAUCUGUCUCCCAAUGACCCCUCCAUAAAGCAGGCACUUGCACUUCACCAUUCACAUAACUCUGUGUUGCUGCGAUCAAAAGGAGUCAAACUAGGCGACGCGGGCACCCUCGGCGGCAGCAAUGGAACUUUGGGCGACGCGGGCACCCUCGGCGGCAGCAAUGGAACUUUGGGCGACGCGGGCACCCUCGCCGGCAGCAAUGGAACUUUGGGCGACGCGGGCACCCUCGCCGGCAGCAAUGGAACUUUGGGCGACGCGGGCACCCUCGCCGGCAGCAAUGGAACUUUGGGCGACGCGGGCACCCUCGCCGGCAGCAAUGGAACUUUGGGCGACUGGGGCACCCUCGCCGGCAGCAAUGGAACUUUGGGCGACGCGGGCACCCUCGCCGGCAGCAAUGGAACUUUGGGCGACGUGGGCACCCUCGGCGGCAGCAAUGGAACUUUGGGCGACGCGGGCACCCUUAACUUGGGCACGCUUGGCCCUGCAGGCACCCUUAACUUGGGCACGCUUGGCCCUGCAGGCACCCUUAACUUGGGCACCCUUGGCCCAGCAGGCACCCUCAGUGCAGGCACCCUUAACUUAGGCCCUGCAGGCACCCUUAACUUGGGCCCUGCAGGCACCAUAAGCGCAGGCACCCUUAAUUUAGGCCCUGCAGGCACCAUAAGCGCAGGCACCCUUAACUUAGGCACCCUUGGCCCCGCAGCCACCGUUGGCCCAGCAAGCACCCCAGCAGGCCCGCCAAGCGCCACCGAUGGCCCGCCAAGCGCCACCGAUGGCCCCGCAGCCAUAACCGAUGGCCCGCCAAGCGCCACCGUUGACCCCGCAGCCACAGAUGGGCCGGAAAGCGCCACCGUUGACCCCGCAAGCACCCCAGCAGGCCCGCCAAGCGCCACCGAUGGCCCGCCAAGCGCCACCGUUGACCCCGCAGCCACCGAUGGCCCAGCAAGCGCCACCGUUGGCCCCGCAAGCACCCCAGCAGGCCCGCCAAGCGCCACCGAUGGCCCCACAGCCAUCACCGAUGGCCCCACAGCCAUCACCGAUGGCCCCACAGCCAUAACCGAUGGCCCAGCAAGCGCCACCCCAUAA